CAUGUUGUUUGUGUUGUGGGCAGGUUCGACAUCGCGUGACGGGUGACGUGAUGGUGCUCAAGAUGAACAAACUCAUCAGUAACCGUCACAACAUGUUACGUGAAGUGGAGCUUAUGAACCGUCUUCACCACCCCAACAUUCUCAGUUAUUAUGGCGUGUGUGUCAACGAGGGCCAAGUGCACGCCUUAACUGAGUAUAUCAAUGGAGGGUCUUUGGAUUCUCUGAUUGGUGACCAGACUGUGUUCCUGCCCUGGGUGACUCGCGUCUCCCUGGCCUUGGACGUAGCGCGGGGCAUGGCUUAUCUACACUCUCAAGGGGUGUUUCACAGAGACCUCACUUCCAAGAAUGUAUUGAUCAAGCACACACAUGAGGCUGGUGAACACAAACUUACGGCUGUGAUUGCAGAUUUUGGUCUUGCUGCACCCAUACCACAUGAGAGGUGUAUGCGUCUACGUCAGGUGGGGUCUCCUUACUGGAUGGCUCCCGAGGUCAUCCGGGGCGACUGGUAUGACCAUCGAGUGGAUGUCUUCAGCUUUGGCAUCAUCGUGUGUGAAAUGAUUGCCAGGUGUGAAGCCGACCCAGACAUUCUCCCAAGAACUCAUAACUUUGGUGUUCAUUAUCAAGACUUUUACCAAAUGUGUCAACAAGACUGCCCGGCACUGUUUUUGCAGAUGGCUUUUCUGUGUUGUCAGAUUGAGCCGUCAUCUCGUCCAUCAUUUGAGGAGUUGACUCAGAAGCUUGUAGCCUCUCUUGCACCAACUCUACUACACUGUCUUCAAGACAUGGUCCCGAAAACUCAAAAGUAA